AUGCCUCGAAGCGGCUACGACAUGGGCAAACACACGGGCGAGGGCGGCACGCGCAGCGUCGGAGGCUCGGCGUCUUCGAGCUCCCAGGGCCAGUCGGGCGGGGCGAAGAAGGGCGGGAAGAGCGAUGGUUCCAGGACCAAGAGCCACGGGACGGUCAUGCAAGAACAGCAAAUUAUAUAUGGGUGUUUCAAUGGGGAGGAGACAUAG